AUGAUUUCUCCGUUCGAAGAAGAGAUGCAGUUUUUCGUCUUGCCGAAGCUGACUAUUUCGCUGCCGACCUCCAGUUUCAAUCCAUCGGAAUGGAACCUUCCUGAGUCGACGUUCAUGGCGGAUCCAGACUUCUACGAAUCUGGGCCGGUGGAUGUGAUAAUCGGGGCGGAGUACUACCUGGACUUGUUGGCCGAUGGACGGCUGAAAGAGACGGAGAAUGGACCUACACUGCAGAACACUGUUUUCGGCUGGAUCGUUUCUGGCCGAGUUCCGGAUAUCCCAAUCAACGAACCACGUUCCGUAGUCAACGUUUGUUCUACAACGGAGUUGCAAGACCAGCUAACUAAAUUCUGGGAGAUUGAAACCUGUCGUACGGUCAGCAAUCAUUCCGUGGAAGAAUCUGCUUGCGAGGAGAUUUUUACGCAGACGACAGUGCGUGACGAAACUGGGCGAUUCAUCGUUACACUACCGAAGAAGGAUUAUCUCGUUGAGAGACUAGGCGAAUCAAGAUCCAUUGCCAUUCGACGACUGAACAGCUUGGAGCGGCGACUGUCGGUGAACCCCGAAUUGCGAACACAAUACUUCGACUUCAUCCAAGAAUACCUGGAUAUGGGUCACAUGGUGGAGGUUUCUGAGGACUGUGAAGGAGUUGCAUACUACAUGCCGCAUCAUGCUGUCCUGAAGCCAGAGAGCACAACAACCAAACUACGAGUUGUGUUUGACGCUUCGUGCAAGACCUCAACAGGAGUGUCGCUCAACGAGGCAUUGAUGGUCGGUCCCGUAGUGCAAGAUGAGCUAAUCAACAUAAAUCUCCGAUUCCGUCUUCAUCGUUAUGCUGUCGUAGCGGAUGUGGCGAAAAUGUAUCGCAUGAUAGCUGUUUCUGGUCCUGAUCGAAAGCUGCAGAGGAUCGUGUGGAAGGGCAACACCGACCAAGAAAUUCGAACGUUCGAGUUGGCGACAGUGACGUAUGGAACAGCGUCCGCACCAUAUCUCGCUACUAGGUGUCUGGUGCAAUUAGCAGAAGAGGAAAAGGAAUCCCAUCCCAUGGCAGCAGCCGUUCUGAAGGAAGACUUCUACGUCGAUGACAUGCUGUCAGGAAUCGACGAGAUAGAUGAAGGAAAGCAGUUUGUCGAAGAAAUGGUGGAUUUGAUGCAGUCUGGUGGUUUUACGUUAUGGAAGUGGAAUUCCAACAGCGAGGAAAUAUUACGCCACGUUCCGGAGCAUCUUCGCGAUGAUCGAACAAUUCUCACGCUUGAUUCAAGCGAUUCCACUGUGAAAACGCUAGGGCUACAGUGGGAACCACGAACAGAUGCUUACCGCUUCAGCACUCCGAAGUGGAACGAGUCAGAUGCUGUAACCAAGCGGACAGUUUUGUCGGAUAUCUCCCGUUUGUUCGAUCCGUUGGGAUUGAUCGGUCCAGUCAUCGUUCAAGCGAAGCUGUUCGUGCAGGAGCUCUGGGAGCGUGAAUGCAGCUGGGACACUCCAUUAAGCGAAGAGUUGAAGGAAAGAUGGCUAGAGUACCGCAGAAACAUGAUCGGCUUGGACGGAAUCACGGUUCCACGUUGGAUUGGAGUCACAAAGUCACUGGAAUCCAUCGAACUACAUGGGUUCUGUGAUGCUUCACGAAAGGCAUACGGCGCGUGCAUUUAUAUCCGAACCGUUACAAAUGAUGGUACCGUAGACGUACGGUUGCUUACAGCGAAGUCUCGAGUUGCUCCUCUAGAGAAUCUCAAGAAGAAGAAGAAGUCACUCUCCACUCCACGACUCGAGCUUUCCUCGGCACUGUUACUCGCACAUCUCUACGAGAAGGUUAUCGACAGCAUCCACAUGGCCGUGGAAUCGCAUUUCUGGACAGAUUCGACGAUUGUGAAAUACUGGCUGGCGUCAGUUCCCUCCAGAUGGAAAGAAUUCGUCUGCAACCGUGUAUCGGAGAUCCAGCACGUCACCAAGGCCGGGACCUGGAAUCACGUUCCCGGAACAGAGAACCCAGCAGACAUCAUUUCUCGGGGCAUGGCACCCCCACAGCUACAGUACGAGUCCCUCUGGUGGCAUGGACCUCACUGGCUACUCCAAGACCGAGCAAACUGGCCAAAUUCUGAACCGGACACAAGUCAACUUCAGCCGUCGAUUCUGGAGGAAAAGGGAGCUGUUUCGGCACUGUUGCCCAGCGCGGAGCCUAGCGAAAUCUUCAGUCGUCGGUCAUCACUAACAGAUCUUGUGACGCUGGUAGCCUUCCUGCAACGGUUCUGCUUCAAUGCGAGAGCCACAAAUCGGGAGCGUCGCAAGCAAGCUCAUCUUACGCUCGCCGAACGUGACGCAGCGCUUCGUUUGCUAGUUUGCCUCGCCCAGAAAGAAUCCUUUCCGCAAGAAUACGCCGAAUUGUCACGUGGUCGUACGGUUCAAGAUUCCUCCCGUAUCGCUUCACUGAAUCCCGAGAUGGUAGAUGGCAUUAUUUGCGUCGGCGGCCGGUUGCGGAACGCCAAGGUUCCUGCAGGCCGGAAACACCCAUAUGUCAUUGAUCAUCGUCAUCCGUUCACCACGCUCGUCAUGGCUGAAUACCAUCAGAAUCUGUUCCACGCGGGCCAACAACUACUAGUGUCGUCUGUUCGUGGAAAAUACUGGCCGACAAAUGCUCGCAAUGUAGCUCGAAAGGUUAUCCACGACUGUGUUCGCUGCUUCCGUGUCAAACCGAAGAUUCACGAGCAACUGAUGGCGGAUCUUCCGUCAGAGAGGGUUACACCUUGUAGUCCCUUCCAACGCGUCGGCAUUGAUCUGUGUGGACCAUUCCAAAUGAAAUAUCCUCAGCGUUCUGCCCGUCCCGUGAAAUGCUUUGUCGUCGUUUUCGUCUGCCUGGUAACGAAGGCAGCCCACCUGGAAUUGGUAGCUGAUCAAACGUCUCAGGCAUUCCUAGCUUCCCUCAGACGUUUCACGUCACGACGCGGAAGACCGUCUCUCAUCAUGUGUGACAACGGCAGAAAUUUCAUCGGGGCCAAUCGAGAGUUGGCAGAACUGAAGAAGCUCUUCAUCGACCAGCAGUUCCAGAACACCGUGGUCAGAGAAACAGCGAACGACAAUAUAGAGUUUCGUUUCAUCCCCGCCCGCUCCCCAAACUUCGGAGGAUUGUGGGAGAGCGCAGUGAAGUCCUUCAAAACACUGUUGAAACGAACCAUCGGAGCAAGAACCCUGCAGUACGACGAGUUCCAGACACUGCUCACGCAGAUUGAGGCAGUUCUAAACUCUCGCCCGCUCACUCCGGUUAGCAACGACCCCAGUGACUACGAGGCUCUAACACCGGGUCAUUUCCUCAUCCAACGUCCGUUGGCAGCUAUUCCGGAGCCGAACCUUGAUGGCUUACCGGAAAACCGAUUGUCUGCAUGGCAAACCGUGCAGCAUUUUGUGCAACUCUUGUGGAGGAAAUGGUCCACUCAAUAUUUAUCAAACCUGCAUAACCGCACGAAGUGGACCAAGAAGCGAGACAACGUGAAGGUCGGAACAAUGGUGGUGCUGAAGGACGAGAAUCAGCCACCGUUGAAUUGGCUUCUGGGUCGAAUAACCGAGGUACACACUGGAGCAGACGGAAACAUUCGGGUAGUGAAUGUUCGAACGAAGGAUGGCAGCUACAAACGAGCAAUCUCGAAGGUCUGCAUCCUUCCAAUCAGCGACAAUUUCCAAUCGUCAGCAGGGGAGAACUAG